AUGGCCAUAGGGGGUCCUCCCGCAGCAUAUUACUUUGAGGACCGCACUGGUCUCGUAGCAAGCUCCGAUUUCGACGAGGUGUAUGACCGCAAGUUCCUGCGCGUAUCGUCGACGCCACAGCGAACGCAGAAUGCAGGGAUCAUGAUAUACGACAUGGGCAGGCGGUCGACCAGCUACGCCGACCGCCAUCACUUUUACCGCGAACCCGCCAUCGUCCUCGACUUUGGCCCCAACGGGGCACUUGGGACCAUCCUGUUCACGCAGACUGCCGCAUCGGUCCCGAUGACGCAGUACUUACGGAAGGUCUCGUUCUUCGGAGGAACUUUGUUCCGAAAAUUCAAGGCUUCAGAUGGAAAGGAAUACAGAUGGGGCCAUCGUAUGGUCGCAGACCAUGAGUGGACGUGCCUGAGCUCCGAAGACUAUAUUGUCGCGCACUACAACCUCAAACCGCCAGACCGACCUGCCUACGGUACGUCUGGAAACAUCCUGACCGUGUACGAGACCUUUGCACCAUUGUCAACUGAGCUCCUAGCGUCGCUCACCAUCAUGCGGCACAUCGCGCAGCACAACUUGUAGCCUGUCACGCGCUCAAGCUGUGGCCAAAAUUCUCCUUCGCUAUCAUCGUUAUAUCUCACGAAUCUAUGUUAAUGCUGCGGACCAGACCUUAGGCCUUAUGGACUUUUACUGUACUCAUAUUGCACCAUGUAGCCCAGCGCUUGGAUAUGGAUCAGAUGGACGUUGACCCUUCGGUUCUUCGGCCCUGCCGAUAACGCUGUCCUAUUUCUGAAAGACUGUCCUCGGCUAGACUGCUGCAGCUCCACUUGGUCGGGGUCGGGACUCGGAGAGAUGAAGGGAUUUAGCUCCGUUCUGUGGGGAACCCCUUCAUGACGCCUUAAACAGAUGUUUACAAAAGAACAAAAUAAAAACGGGUGAAUCUCG